CCGGCUCGCCUCUCCUCUCACCCCGGCCGGGGUCUGAGCUGGACGUGCCCGUCUGCGCGGUGAAGAGCAGGUGAUGCUGCAGGAGCGUCGAGUGCAUCUUCAUUGGCCCGGGGUUGCAGACCUGAACGUGCGCUGAUCAAAGAAGUAAACUUUGUGGAGGGACACUGACAUGUUUGCAGAGAAAUUGGAACACAUACAAUAAUGAAAAAGGUACAUUUAAAGGUAUGGCUUGAUCCUGCGUCUCUGAAUUGAGCUUGGCUUCAGCAUUGACUUCAUUCUCAGAAAACCUGCUCUGCUCCUUUGUAGAGGAGAUUCAUGUGUUCAGUCAUAGCUGGAGUUUUUCAGAUUCCUCACAUUUUAAAAACCUGGUUUUUAAUACACUUCUACUACUUCUAAUUAAUCAACAAUGGAUUGGAAUGCAAAACCGAAAAGUGUCACCUUACCACCAAUGUAUCCCAAAAGACGGCCAUCUUUUUUGGAGCAGAGUAUAAUAAACGCACCAUCUCAAGUAUCUUUAAACCCUCCUAGAAGUAACCACCCUGCGUGCAUGUUUCCGAGUAACUCAAAUCCAGUUUCACAGUCAGCCCUCAACAUCAGAAAUACAGCUCCUCAACAAAUUUCUGCUUCUGAUAUACAUAGUAGGACAAUUUUUCCCUCACAAGCUUCAGUGGAAAGAAAUACGCAUGCUAAUGUAAAAGGACCCAAUCAACUAAACAACAGUUUACAAAUGUCUCCAGGAGUUGCACAAAAUGUGUGGACAAACUCUUCAAUGAGUAAUUCUAUGUUUUCUCACCCGGGGGCAGCUAUUACUCAACCAAAUAGUUUUAGAACUAAUCUACCAAAUGUAAAUGCACCACAGAAUCAAUUUGUAUCAUCAGAAAUCUAUCCUAUGCAAGGACAAAUGGUCCCUUCUAAUUCUGUAAGAGUUCCUGCAACUUAUCAAGGAAACCAGAGACUUACCUCAUCUUUAUCAGAGCGACAGGCUGAAUGGGCACAGCAGUAUACAUCGAAUGGACUGACUUAUGCAGAUUAUGGACCACAUUCAGAGCAAUACAAUUAUCCAUCACAAAGCUUUUUGCAAAGUCCUCUUCAGAAACAAAAUCCUAUGCCACUUACAUCAGGACAAGUUAAAAAUAGUCAUCCUUCAAAUUCUGCACUUACGUUACAGUCAAAGCAGACUUCACCUUUACCAUCCUAUCAAAUUGCAGUACUUCAGACUGAAAAAAGACUUCCUACUCCUUAUGACUGUAGAUAUGUAAGCCAAACUUUGCAAAAUACUCAGCAUGUUAUUACUCACUCUUCUAGUGACGUUCCUCAGGGUCAAGAAGCACAUAUUUCUGAAAUAAGGAAAGACUUUUGCAGGGGAUUUCAACAGCAAAACCUCAAUGAAAAUGAAAGCAUGAUUGGAAAUUUUUGUAAUGUGAAAGUAAAUAUUAAUAACAAUCAGCCUUAUAAUGACCCCACUAGAUCUUCUGUGGAUGGUGUUCAGAUUCUUCCUCAAAGUAAUCAAGAAGAAAGAGUAGAGUUUUGUAAUUUUACUUCAAGUCAAGUACCGGACACAAGUCUCACAAAAGAAAAGUUAGUGAAGGAUAUUGCAAAAUUAAUAGAAAUGAAAAAUAAAUUUUAUGAACUGGCUAGGAAAGUUAAAAUUGAUAAAAAUAUUUUAAUGUCAUCAGGUUGUAUUAAAGCUAAUAGCGAAUCAACUCAAAAUUCUGAACUUGCACUGAAACAAACUGGCAAAACCCAGUUUGGACCACAGGUAACCCCAGCUGCUCCAGAGAUUGUAGGGGAUAAAUCACCAACAGCAGUGGAAAUAGAAAAAACUAAUAGAAUGCAUAGUACAUUGAAUUCUAACAUUCAAGAUACCAAUCUCAGAAAUUCAUACCAGGUUAAUUCCAUUUUACUAAAUUCUGAGUGUUCGGGAAAGGGGCCAGUUUCAGACCAGUUACAUAACUUAAAAGAUGGCACUUCUUUCAAUAUACCACCUAUGGAGCAAACCCAGUUUUCAUCAGGAAAUGUAGUUAACGUUGAAGAAAAUGUGCAAACAAAUGCCAAAACAAUUUCAGUUCCUCAGUCCAUGGCCUUUGAGUCAUAUGCUUCAAAAUACUUAAAUGAAAAUAGGCUACUUAUCAAUCUCCUUACACAUGGAGAUGGUAUUGAGAAAAGGUUAAUGAAAGAUGGUUGUGGAACUAUUCAGGACUCUAAACCACACAGUUCUGAAAGGAAUGUCAAUACCCAAAUCACUAAUAACCAACUGAACUUGAAAACUAUGGAAACUCCAAGCUGUUGUGAUAUUAAUGCCAAGAUUUCAGAAAAUUCUGUUUGCCUUGACCAUAAAUCGUCCCCAACUGGAGUUACUCUGAAUUCUGAUAGUCAUUCUUUGGAAUUGAUAGCAACCUGUCUUAAUCUGUGGAGAAAACAACCUUCCAAACCUACAGAAAAGAAACAGUGUAUUGAGUUGAACACACACAGAACAGCAGUUGGACUCUCGAAAGCUGGAGAAAUCUGUGAUCAAACUGCAGUUUCACUUGUGGAAAAUUCUCACAAUAAGAUAGAAAACUGCUCACAAGUUACAACUCUGCCAAUGGUAGUGCAAAAUUACGAAUCUUCAAGUGCAACUACUACAAAGGGAACAGAACUUCAGAUUGCUGUGGUGUCACCCUUAAUUUCAGGCAUCAAAACAUUGUCUGACAAAGGAAUAUCACCUGAUCCUUUACCUGAAACCGUCUAUCCGGUUAUUAAAGAAGGCAGUGUUUGUAGUUUACAGAAUCAAUGGGCAGAAAACACAGGAGUGACUACUGUUUCGAAAGUGAAUGAACCAGUUACAAAUAUAACAAAAUCCACCAAGGUUUCCCCUCUAAUUCAGAAGGAAAAGCAAAAUGCAUCAAUUAAUGGUAAAACAGAAGGUGCACCUAAUACCAAUCAAGGAACUCCAUUAGAGUCUGAACCAGAUAAUCACUGUACUGUGAGUGAUCAGCAAGCCUUAUCUAACUCAAGAGACAGUGAUGCUCUGAGUAGUGAGUUGUUACAGAUUGACAAUAUAUGUUCUCUUGUUGAAGGUGAUACAUCUUAUAAUUAUCAAAUAGCAAAGAUAUUCAAUCCACCUCCUAUUGACAAGAUUGAACCACAGAAAUUGUUACCUAAUCUCCAAGUAACUAGUACUAAAAAACAAACAGGACAGUUAGACAAUAUCACAGAAAAAAUAGAGCUUGGAUUACAAGAAGGUAAUUUUUUACGGCACACAGAUGUUUCAUGUAAAAUACCUGAUCAAUCAAAGUCCACGCAACCUCCAGAGUCAUCAUUUUUGAAGCAUGCCAACUCCAGUGAAAAUCCAGUGGAAAGCAAUUUGAAGCAUUAUACUAAAGUAAGCUCAGCUAUAGAUAAGUGUUCAUCAGCUGCUCUUCACCAGGACGGUAACCCUCAGGAAAUUGAUGUGUCUUGCAGUCACACUGCCCAGGUUCCUGCAGUAAAUGAGAUUCUUGAUAACACAUCCGUCUUCCCACACAGUCAGCUUUCAGAACUUUCAAAAGAAUUUCCCUAUGGUAUUGAACCUGUGAAUACUCAUGAAGAUUCUCCAGCACAGCAAAUAACAGUCCCAAACUCAAAAGAUGAGUCUUGUGAUAAAACCACCUGUGACUCCAAAGUUGCAUCUGACCAGAUAAAGAUUACAAUAUUAAACUCAGAGCAAAUGAAAGAAUUAUUUCCUGAACAGAAUGAUGAAUCUCCUGAGGUUGAUAAAUUGACACAAUGUGAGAAAGAAAACCCUGUCACAAAAAUCCAGGGUGACUCACCAGUACAUCCAGAUGGUUCUAAUUUUGAAAUGGGUUCAGAGAAAGAUGAUAAAGAUGAUGUCCGUUGCUGUUCAUUGGGUUGGCUCUCUAAUGUUUAUAAAGGAUUUCCCCAAUGCCAAUGUAAUUCUAUCAAGAACUUGACUUCAGAGGUUGAAAACAGGAAAGAUCAAUGUUCUCUGGAGACCAAUAGUUGUAAGCAAGGAGAGACUACCUCUGAUAAAGAUGAUUCCAUUGUACAUAAGACUUCUCCAAAUAAUAAUCCAAAGAUUGCUCUGACUUUUCCGAUUGAGGAAAAACAUUCUGAAACCGAACAAGGCAAGAUUAUGAAAGAUAUAUCCAAACCAUUAUUCAGCUCACUAAGCACAGAGCAAGAAUUAACCAGUCCAACUUUAUCUAAAGGGGUUAAAAAACUAGAUUCCUUAAAAGGUCACAUACAGAAAGGAAAACUGAAAUUUCAUGAGGUAACUUUUCACUCUAGUGAGAAAAAGUUUUUUGAAGAGGGCUCACAGAGAAAGAUCAUAGGACAAAAUUCAAGUCUACCUAAAGCAAAGCCAGUUUUCUGUACAAAUAAAAGUAAAGAUUUACCUAUCAAGAAGAAUUCUUUUGUACGGGAAUUCUUGCCAAAGGAGAGAAAAUUGGAAACAGGUGAUGGUCAGCAAAAAAUUUCAGUGAAAAGGAAAUUAGGUGAAGGGAGCAUACUUAAUUCAGAGGUAAAGAAGAUGAAGUAUUUUAAACAAGAUCAAAAUAAAAAUGGAGGUGUUACUUUGAAAACGGGUAUUUUGUUGAACCCCAAUGAACGCGCCAAAAUUAAAGAAAAGACUGAUGUUAAAUCAUCAGGCUCUUCGUCUAAGGAUGGUUUGCCUAAAGCUGCUAAAGUUAUAACACUAGAGCAGUAUUUGCAAAGGCGGAAGCGUAAAGAAGCAAUGGGUGUAAAAGCAUCAAAAUUAAACUGUGAGAAAAGUAUACCAUGUGAGACUCAAUCUGUGAGGUCAAAUAACCUUAGUGUGCAAGUAGGGAGUUGUGGGAAAUCUAAUGAGCUACACAGUAGCAGUGUGCAAACCUCUGAAGAAUCAUUAAGUAUUUGUUCAAGCCAAGCUAAGAAAACAAAAAUCCACCAUUCUAAUUUAUCUAAAUCAUGCCUUUUGGGGAAUGUUAAAGAAACAGUUGGUGGAAAGCAACCUGAUAAAAUGUUCUUGGACAAAACAAAAUUAGAUAAAAAUUCAAUCAAUAUAAACAAUGGAAUUGAACCCAGCCAUUUGUCUCCCCAAGCAAAGGAGCAAAGGAAACAGUAUCUGAACAGAGUUGCCUUUAAAUGUAUUGAACGAGAGAGCAUUUGCCUCACCAAACUCGAGAGUUUACCGAAAAAUGUUAAUAAAGAGAGGAAGGUGGAAAAUAAACCCAACAGCCCUUUACCUGAGAAAAAUGCCACAGAAAAGCAAAGCAUGCUGGAGUUUAAGUUAUGUCCAGAUGGGCUGAUUAAUAAGACAAACUCUACUGAAGAACGGAAGGAUCUGCCGCCUUGUCCUGAGCAAGCCCCUAUGCAAGUUACAGGAAUAAAAAGUUCCAAAGAAGACUGGAUAAAAUGUGUACCUGAGGAGAAAAGGAUUCCAGAAGUCAACCAAGAAAUAGGAGUCUGUAACUCAGAGCCGUUGUUGGUUCCGUUCCGGCGCCUGCACUCCAACCCCCGUGGGUCUCUUCUGUGUGCAAUGGAUGGCAUUGCCCUAGACAAAGCAGCUGGCACAAAGCGGGGACCUGACGAGCUGUCUUCUGCCUGCAUUACUAACUCAGCUUCCGCAGCAAGUGGAAAUGACAGGAAGAAGUUUAAAGGUGACAGCAAGAUGUUGGAAGUUGACAGUAAGAAGUUGAAUGGUGACAAAAGGAUGUUGAAAAUUGACAGCAAGAAGUUGAAGUUGAAAGGUGAUAGGGAGAAGCUGAAAUUGAAAGUUGAUGACAGGGUGUCGAAUGGUGACAAGUUGAAAAUUGACAGCGAGACAUUGAAGUUGAAACUUGACCACAAGAACGUGAAGUUGAAAGGUGAUGGCAGGAAGUGGAAAAUUGAUAACAAGACGUCGAAAAGUGAUGGCAGUAAGUGGAAAACUGACAACGAGAAAUUGAAAGGCAAUGGCAGUAAGUUUAAGGUUGACAACGAGAAAUUGAAACUUAAUUGCGAAAAGUUGAAAGGUGAUGGCAGUAAGUUAAAAGGUGAUAGCAAGAAGAUGAAAGACAACAGUAAGAAGUUCAAAGGUGACAACAAAAAUUCAGGUGUUCCCUCCCGAGUGGUCUACAUCGGGAAGCUCCCUGGGGGUGUCACUGAGGACGAGGUCCUAUUUCUAGGUCUGCCCUUUGGGAAGGUCACCAACCUCCUGAUGAUGAAAUCGAAAAACGAGGCAUUCAUUGAGAUGAACACAGAGGAGGCUGCCAUCACCAUGGUGAACUACUAUACCUCUAUGAUACCCAUGAUUCGAGGCCAGCCCAUCUGUGUCCAGUUCUCCCACCGCAAGGAACUGAAUACCAGCAGCUCAUACAACCAUUCACAGGUCCAGUCAGCCUUGCAAGCUCUGAACUCAGUUCAGUCCAGGAAACUUGCUCUGCCUUCCUCAGCUUGUGCUGUGGGUACAGGCACUGUCGAUGCAGGUCCUUUGGGUACUGUGAAUGCCGCCACUGUGCAUGCUGUGGAUGUGGGGGCGGACACUGUGAACUCAGACUCUCUGGGCAAGGGUGUUGUAUGCUCAGGCACUGAGAAUGUAAGCCCUGUGAGUGCAGCUGCUGUGGAUACAGGUAUGGAGAUGACUUCCCAGUGCCCAGUAAUACAGAUUAUCAUAGAGAACCUCUCCCACCCAUUGUCCCUGGACAUGCUUCACCAGAUCUUCUCCCAUUUUGGCAAAGUUUUAAAAAUCAUCACUUUCACCCAGAACAACACAUUCCAGGCAUUGCUGCAGUAUGCUGAGCCGUUGAGUGCUGAGCUUGCAAAGGUGUUUCUGGACAGUUGGAACAUCUUCGGUUGCACAGUUCACAUCAGCUUAUCCUCCUCUUCCAUCCUUAAUGUGAAGUACAACGACAGCAAGAGCCGAGUCUACACCUAUCCUGACCUGCCCUGGUGUGACAGCCAGGUCUCACAGGACCAAGCCAUGGCCUCGGCCUUCAGUGCUGCUCCUGUAAUGUCUGUCCCUCUGCAAUCACGAGCUGGUUUCCAUUCUACACUUUUCAUUCCUCAAGCUGCUGGCCAUUGUUAUCCCAAUGAGCUCCAGGCCCUGCCUCCUGUGGCAGUUGCGCCGGUGUCAGGGGCAGCAGCAGAAGCAGAAGGCCAGAUUGCGGUCCCAGAUCUGGUAUCUGUGGCCAUUCCGUCAGUGUCAGAGCCAGAAGCAGAAGCAGGCCAGAUUGCCAUCCCAAGCCUAGUCCCUGUUGCUGUCCCGUUGGUGUCAGAGGCAGCAGCAGGAGGCCCGAUUGCCAUCCCAGGCCCAGCAUCUGUGACCAUCCCAGGGGUAGCAGCAGCAGUAGCUGCCACCCAAGGCCCAUCACCAUUGGUGUCAGUGGCAGCUGCAGCAGCCCCAGCAGCAUCAGCAUCAGCAGCAGGCAGCCUGAUUGCCACCACCAGCCCAGCAGGGGCUGGAAAUUGUGUCCUGCUGGUCAAAAACCUCAACCCCAAGAGAAUCAAAAUCCAAAGCCUCUUCAUUAUUUUCGGCGUGUAUGGCAAUGUGCAGCGGGCGAAGAUUUUCUUUAAGAAUAAGACACGAGCUCUGGUGCAAAUGGCAGAUGGCAUCCAGGCCCAGCUGGCCAUGAGCCACCUCAGUGGGCAGAAGCUGUAUGGACGGCGUAUGCUCAUCACCGUCACCCGGCACAAAGACGUGCAUCUGCUCCGUGAGGGCCAGGCAGACCUGGACCUCACCAAAGACUACAGUAACUCACACCUGCACCGCUUCAGGAAAUCCUGCUCCAAGAAGGACCAGAAGGUUUUCCCACCCUCAGAGUGCCUGUACGUCUCCCACAUACCGCGCUUCACCUCUGUGCAUGACCUCUGGGCCCUAUUCUCCAGCAACGGCAGGUUUGUCAGAAGGAUAAAGUUCUUCAGGAAGCACAGGGACAUGGCGCUGAUCAAGAUGGGUUCAGUGGAACAGGCCAUCGAGGCGCUCAUUGACCUGCACUACUACAAGCUGGGAAAGAACCAGCACCUGUGGGUGACCUUUUCCAAAAUACCUCAUCAUUCCAGAAAAGAGCCAUUUUAAAAGCUGUUGAAAUGACUUUUAAAAUACCAGAGAUUAUUAGUUUUCUAAGAGAAAUGAGUUUACCUGUUUUUUUUAAAAUAUAAUUCACCUUGUUCACCUUGUGGAGAUGGGGUGCCGGCCUCAGGUUUUUGGUGAUGGGUACACAGGAUACCUCCUCCUCCCUGGUGCCCCUUGCUUGUGCCUUGUGCAGCCUGUGCAGUGGGCAUUCACAAACCCCACUCUGCCUUUUUGUGUCUUAAAAUGCACGGCUUUGGCAGGGCUCUCUUGGUGGUGUUAAUGCUCAGGGGUUCGGGGACUUCCUCAGGGAUCAUGUACCUGAUAUGGCAAGAGGCUGCCAGGUAUAGGAUGUGCCCACAUUUCAUUCUUCUGUUUUAUCAAGUGUGUCAUUCUCCUCACCCCUGACUUAGAUGUCCCUCCUGUGAUGAGAACCUGAGGUGUGUUCCUGGUGCUGCUUUAGCAUGGAGCUUUGUUUCAUCAUAAAUUUCUGAAUUGUCCUUUGAUGCAAUUGCAGACACCUGCUCCUAGCAAUAUUUCCAAUUGACCAAAUAUUCUAGUAUUCACUUUAUAUAAAAGAAAGAGGGAAUAACUUUUUAUAUAGCAAGAUAAUAAAAAUGGCAUCUGAAUAAUCUAUAUUUUCUCCUUAUAUGACGUUUUGUAAUGUACCUUUUAUUCCUUGGAGUUAAGUUGCAAGGCAGAAUCUAGUUUCCAGGGUAGACACAGUGGGGGCCACUGAAAAGCUUGGGUUCUUUCUAGAAAGCCCAGACUUGAGACCUCUGGGUCCAGAUUCCUUACACCUAACCUGUCCUCUCGGAGGACAAGGCUGCUUCAUACUUGCAUGAUUUUUCUUUUCAUGCAGAUUUGGAUCAAUGUUUUCUCUCUCUCUCUCUGUCUCUCUCUCUCUGUCUCUCUCUCUCUCUCUCUUUUUUUUUUCUGAUCUGCCCCUUAAGGUGGGACAAUGGCCCUUUCUUGUGAAGUUCUGCAUUCAUGAGUCCUAGGGGCUUCUCUCUGCACAGAGCAGACUUCAUCCUGGCUGGACUGGCCUCUCUUUUUAAUGCCCGGAACUCUGAGCUUACGUGUAUGGUGGGGGGACAAGGUUAAAAAUAUUUAAAUGUUUUUAUACAUGUCAGAAGUGAUAUUCCGUAUGUAGUGGUUUUUUUUAGAGACACAAGUGUAUUUUGAUAAUAGCUAAUUACAGGAUCAGUAUUGUUAAUGUGGAGGGAAUAUGGCACAUUCCAUGGCCUGCCUGAUGACUUCUAAUGUGGAAAGAACUGAAUUAAAGUUAUUUUUAUAACAACUUUGCCUAUUCCCCAGGCUUUCUGUUCAUGUUGUUGAAGGCAGUUUGGCCAGUCUGUGCUAGACAUUGAAUAAACUUUGUAUCCUGAAAAAAUAAAAACAAGAUUUGGUGUAUGUGUUUAUCAGUAGUAGAAAGAUAUGGGGAGGAAGGUAGCAGUGAUCUCUUUCCCAAGAGGGAAAUUGAGUUAUUUUCAUAUUGUGUCUUUGCUGAUUUUUCUAUCUGCGGAGGUAUUUGAGCUGAGGACCAACCACAAAUACCAUUGCUUUUAGCAAUCAGUUUUAAGUGGUUGAAUGAAUCUAGUUGAUUUUUAGGGUUUUGCAUUAACAACUAGAAACUUGGGUUCUGGAGUUUUAUUUAAGUUUAGAUUUAUUGAGUGUCAAGACAAUAGUUUAGUCAGUUGAAAACAAGAAAACAAUUUUACCAGAAGCAACAAGAAAGGAGAGCACAUUUUCAUAAAAGAGGAAUAAGUGGAGAAAACAGCUGAAAGCACAAAUACUCAAAUUGAGCCAUACACAUUGAAAGUGCAAAUAGGAAAAAUGCUCAAAUUGAAUCAAAGGAGAGGUGAACUCUUAUUAAUCAGAACAUGAAAACAACCAGAAAAGAGGACACAAGUUUAAAAAAAAAUUUUUUUUUUUUGAAAUUGAAACACGAAGUAAAAAUAAGUGAAAGAAAUGAGCAUGUAAAUGAAAGCAAAAAAGGGCCAUUGAAACGGCAGACUCAGGUAUUACUCUAAAGAGAAGGAGAGAGCCAUACUUGAAAUCUGAACAAGAAAAUAUAAGAUGAAUACAUGUAUGGGUUGACAAUUGAUGUUUAGACAGGUGGUAAAUUACAGGGAUAAAAACAACCACAAAACAGGAUGAGCAAUAAACAGUGAAACACAAAUACCUAGAAUCAUAAAUAAAUACCUAAAACAUAAACCAGAGAAGAAGCUUGGGAGAUCUGUAGCUGCACAAAUGAGUGGUCGGAAGAUUGUUCUCCUAAUUUAUCCAUCGUAUGUGGAGAGGGUAACAGUGAUCUAUUGAUAUUUAAAUGGCGAGGGAAGGCCCAGUUAAUACAAGUUGUAGAGCUCUGUCCAAGUCUGCUGACACUUCGUGAGAGGAGAGAGAGCAACUGGACAUUGUGAACCUGUGUGAUGUGAGAAAUGCUAAUGACUCCCAAAGUACUUGAACCUUUUUAAAGGAUUAUAUACCUAAUUUAGGUAUAAAUGUUCCGUGUGUGGUUGGAGCUACUUACAAAGAAUUCGAGUCCCGGGUAUUGUAGAAGAGGAAGUGACUGACGACAAUGGAAAGCAACAGCUGAGGUUCCCCUAAGACAGCAGCAUUCCUUUCCUCGUGAAAACGAGGGCAGAGAAGAACGAGAUGACAGAUCCACCCAGGCAGAACGUAAAACCUACCUUGUGGAAAGGGAAGGCUGGAACAGGGAAGAAAAGUAUUGGAAUUCUGCAUCUUGGGAACCCACAGUGAAAUAAAGAGGCUCAUCAAGAAGUGCACGUGAAAAGCUGGCCCCACAAUUUAAAGGAGUAGUGAGGUUAAUACAGCACUGAAACAGUUUGUAGUAAAUGUAUGGGCAUGUUUUAGAAUGCCUAAGCCAGAAUUUUAAAAACGAAUUGGCUGAUGUUUCUUCUGUUUAAAUGGAAGACUACACAAUUGUGUUCAAAUGUCAAGUGAGAUUUUUAUUGAUUGAGGGAAAAAGCAGAACAGCUUUCCCUUAGGCAGGAGAGAAGGACUGAGUAGAAAACAACCGAAAGGACAGGCAAGAAAGAAGUUGUGUGUUUAAUUUGAUUGAGAAAAGCCAUAGUUCAUCAAGUUUUUACUCCUUGUCCUAAUUUUUUAUACCGGAGAAGAUUCUGUAAUUUCUCUGUUUUGCUCACUAACUUUAAGAAAAUAAUAAAGUAAAAUGAAAUUUCUGUUUCUGUAGAUGACAAUGUCUUGGCUAAUUCAA